AUGAGGACAGCAGAAACCGAGCCUCGGGGGCGGAGAGUCACGGCGGAGGCGGGAAGCGCGCGAGUCCACCGCGGGGAGCAAGGGGGCGCCGCAGGGCGACCUGCCCUCCACUGCCCCACCGGCAGCCCGAAGCCCCCUCCACCAGGAGGAUGUGAACUACCUCGGGCCCACCUGCCACCGCGGCGGUGCCGAAACCAGGAGCCCAGGGAAACGGGGCCGCAGGCAACAGCAGCGCCGCCUGUAGGCCCCGCCUCUGGGUCGGGAGCGCCCGGCCUCCGGAGCUGCGCGCCGCCGCCUCCUCCCGCGCGGGCACCUGCGCGCGACCCCGCCGCCGCGGGCCCUACCCAGCAUGGUUGUUUGUCUGUCUUCCAUGAAGUGGUGGCUGUCACAGCACCUAGCCCAGGUCUGGCUCACUACAGGGCGACUGGAGGAAGGAGGCAAAGGCAGAGUCCAGGAUGCCAGCCUUCUCUUUGCUGUUUCUGAAAUUCUCCCCAGGCUGAAAUACCCCCAACCUCCUGGAAAUGGCCUCCUGUAAUGCCUGAAGCUGGGGAAGAAAGUGGUUCAUUGCAGCUUGAAGAGACAUCUGUCUUUUAGAUUCCUCCAAAAGUCUCAGCCCCCUGCCUGCCUCACUGUGACCCAAGGUCCUGUGCUGGCAGUGUGGGCGAGCACAAUAAAAGUCAUAAUCCCUGCUGGUGGAACACGCGUAAGUCCAACACUGUAGUCGAUACUUCAUAUUCUAAGAGCUACCCUGGCACCGUUACUGGGCCUUGGUGUUCUCCCGCUGAACAUCAACAGUUUCACAGAACAUCAGCAUCAGACGAGGCCUCUCUGGGACCACGAUGGAUCAAGACAAGAACAAGACCAAGAACAAGAACAAGACAAGACUCGCUGAUCAUGUCUGAACAUAGACAAAAUGUGAACAUGGUCCAAGCCACAAAAUACCAAACACACAGCUGUCCUGGCUAAUAAGAGGGACUGCUGCUUCUUGGCCACUCAUGGCCUUAGCCUUCCUCUAAUCUGCCCUCCCUAUGGCUAAGAUUCAUGAAGACACACAUUCAUAGAACG